CAAACUGUGAAGGCAAACUUCUAAAUAUGUUUAUAGAGUCAUUUUAAAGAUAAAGGAGCUCCCCAGUCUCUCCUAAUCAGCGAGUUUGUUCCAGAGAGUGUCGAGCCAAACUGGAAAUGCCCCAUUAAAACUAAAGGCUCUGAAUGCUUUCUCCACCCUUCAUACUUCAGUACACAUGUUGAGCCAAGUCCCUCCAGCUCAGACUGUGAUGGAUGCCCCGUGUCUCCUCAUGAGGGAUAAACGCUGCACUGUAUUUGUCAGCACUUCUCAGGUUAACACGGAUGGAAACGGAACAAUCAGGCUGCCCUUUUAAUUGGGCGAUUAAGCCGAUUAUCUGCAUGUUCACUUGGAUUACAGCCUGUGAUUAGAGCCAUGGAGGACACACAUAGGAGACAAACAGAUACAAAAGGCCCCCCUGCCAGCUGCUGUUCUCACCCUAAGUCCCAUUGUUGUGUGACUGUGAAGUAGGAUUUCCUCCACUUUACAGUAGACCAAUUGGACUGAGAGGAUCCCGGAGCUGCUGCUGCUUAAAGGCUCUAGCUUCAGUUAACAGACUCACACUCGGGUGGCGCACAGGGAGCAAUGGGUAACACGACAGGUAGCACCGUGGACGACCUGCAAGCCGUGGAGAUGCACCUCUGGUACAAGAAAUUCAUGACCGAGUGCCCCUCGGGGCAGCUCACCCUGCACGAGUUCAAGCAGUUUUUUGGGCUUCGAGGUUUGGACCCCGAAGCCAACGCGUACAUAGAGCAGAUGUUUCGAACGUUCGACAUGAAUAAGGACGGCUACAUAGACUUCAUGGAGUAUGUGGCCGCGCUCAGUCUGGUGAUGCGAGGAAAGAUGGAGCACAAGCUGCGCUGGUACUUCAAACUUUACGAUGUGGACGGAAACGGCUGCAUCGACCGCCAUGAGCUCCUCAACAUCAUAAAGGCCAUCCGUGCAAUCAAUGGAAGUGACAAUUCAGACCUGACUGCAGAGGAUUUCACAAACCGCGUGUUUGAAAGGAUUGAUAUAAACGGAGAUGGCGAGCUGUCCUUGGAUGAGUUUGUUGCUGGCGCCCGCAGUGACCAGGAUUUCAUGGAGGUGAUGAUCAAAAGUCUGGACCUAACCCACAUCGUGGCCAUGAUCCACAACCGGAGGCGCAGUAUUUAGGAUUUCCCCAAUCCAACUACCUCACCCUCAUUCCCGAUUUAAGCCGAGACCUUCAGUACAUUGCC